AUGGCGCCGAAAGCGAAGAAGGAAGCUCCUGCCCCUCCCAAAGCUGAAGCUAAAGCGAAGGCCUUGAAAGCCAAGAAGGCAGUGCUGAAAGGCGUCCACAGCCACAAAAAGAAGAAGAUCCACACAUCACCCACCUUUCGGUGGCCCAAGACCCUGCGGCUACGAAGGCAGCCUAAAUACCCCCGGAAGAGCGCGCCCAGGAGGAACAAGCUUGGCCACUAUGCCAUCAUCAAAUUCCCCCUGACCACCGAGUCAGUCAACAAGCACCAGAUCAAACAGGCUGUGAAGAAACUCUAUGAUAUCGAUGUGGCCAAAGUCAACACCCUCAUAAGGCCCGACGGAGAGAAGGCGUAUGUUCGGUUGGCUCCUAAUUAUGAUGCUCUGGAUGUUGCCAACAAGAUUGGAAUCAUCUAA